CUGCUCCUACUUACGUUACUGAAAGCUGAGACCGCCGGAGAGACUGCGCUGAAGCAGUAAGUAGAUAGCGGAGAGGCGGAGGAAGAAGCAAACUUAACUGAUCGACCAGGGAGGGAGAGGGCGCUCGCUAGAGAGAGAGAGAGAGAGCAUGAAGCGAUUCUUCAAACCUGUGGAGAAGGACAGCUCCAGCAAGAAGCCCAACCUCUCUCAGGACCCCGAGGGCGUUGCUGCAGCUGCUGAGGCCACGGAGGAGGACAAGGAGAAGAGGGAGCCCUUGAAGUUCGUAACCUGGAACGCCAACAGCUUCCUCCUCCGGGCGAAGAACAACUGGCCCGAGUUCACCAAGUUCGUCUCCGACCUUGACCCUGAUGUCAUUGCCAUACAGGAAGUAAGGAUGCCAGCAGCUGGCUCAAAAGGCGCACCUAAAAACCCUGGAGAGUUGAAGGAUGAUACGAGCUCUUCCCGUGAGGAAAAACAGAUACUGAUGCGUGCUCUUUCAAGUCUACCAUUUGGAAAUUAUCGUGUCUGGUGGUCUCUUGGAGAUUCAAAAUAUGCCGGUACUGCAUUGCUUGUGAAGAAGUGUUGCCUUCCUCAAAGGGUCUCCUUUUCUCUCGAUGGAAAAGCUUCAAAGCAUGAGCCAGAUGGUCGUGUUAUUUUGGCUGAAUUCGAGACAUUUCGCUUAUUGAACACAUAUUCGCCGAAUAAUGGUUGGAAGGAAGAGGAGAACUCUUUCCAGAGGAGAAGGAAGUGGGAUAAAAGGUUAUUAGAGUUUGUUGUACAAUCUUCAGAUAAGCCCUUGAUCUGGUGUGGUGAUCUAAAUGUGAGCCAUGAGGAAAUUGACGUUAGCCACCCUGAAUUUUUUGCUGCUGCAAAACUCAAUGGGUAUGUUCCUCCAAACAAAGAGGAUUGUGGACAGCCUGGAUUUACACUAGCUGAAAGGAAACGCUUUGGUACCAUCCUGAAAGAAGGAAAGCUUGUAGACGCAUACAGAUAUUUGCACAAGGACAAGGAUAUGGAUCAUGGCUUCUCAUGGUCAGGAAACCCUGUAGGGAAGUAUAGAGGAAAGAGGAUGAGAAUCGACUAUUUCAUCGUUUCAGAGAAGCUGGUAAGCAGGAUCAUCUCAUGCGAGAUGCAUGGGAAGGGAAUCGAAUUGGAAGGCUUUUAUGGAAGCGACCACUGCCCAGUGUCUCUCGAACUCUCACCAGCUGACAGUUAGGCUUCUAAUUGAAUUAACAACUUCUUGAUCUCAUGAUGUUAAUUAAUAUCCUCAUUGAUGCAUUUUGGACCUUCACAAUGAGAUACUGUUGUAAUUAGCCGUAGUAGUUACCUAAGAUCAGAUGGACACCAGAGUUUGCAUGCAGAGAUUCAAUAUUUGCUUUGUGGAAAUUCGAAAAGCACGCAAAAAAAAAAAAAGCAUGGUUUUUUUCUGAACA